AUGAGAUGCUGGAAAACAGGGCGGUUUGUGCCAGGCAAACAUUUGACAUAUUGGCCAUCCGUUUUUACAUACCAAGUGAAUAUAAAUGGGAGGGGUGUUGCCUGCCGCCAAUUCAGCGGCAGAAAAAUUGUGGUGUAUGACCACAUAGUUGAUGAGGAAUUCUUAACAAGGAAAGGGAACUCCAUCAAUUCGAUUUUUAACCACAGCUACGUCAAUGAAAAAAUACACGAGAUAAAUUCCCUGUUGAAGGGUUCCCAUGUUAAUUGCGACAAGCAACAUGGAUUCUCCAACGGGGGAGGUAAUCACAACGAACACAUUGAUCAGGUUAUUAAAAAUUUGUACAUAUUAUGUGUGAAGGGCAAAAUAGAUACAUGUGAUGAUCGUGUGAGGUACUAUGUUAAUUUCGUUUGGGGAUAUGUGAAUGAAUACCUGCAAAAUGCCCCCGUGAUUGAAGGGGAGAAAAAAGGAAGGGAAAAAAAAUUCGUGAGCAUUAAGAGUUAUAUGCUCCUUUUAGAUAUCCUUAAAACUCUCAAUAUGAUGGAAGAAUAUAGCAACUUACUAAAACACGUCAGCGGGAAUAUCCACUUUUUUUCUGUAGACGUUGUGAAAAGAAUUGCCUUUAACUACGACAUGAGUGAACGGCACCAUUCGGGAGGAAGUGACCACAUGAGGAGAAAUGUCUUUUCCUUCUUUAAGGAGGUCAUACGUUACAUGUAUGGCUUGAUUCAGUCUGAUAGCGAGCUGUACUACACGCAGAUAGACAACAUUAACACGUGCAUCAAUAUAUGCACACAGUUUUUUUUUAGGAAGAAAUAUUGCCCAGAGAGGAAAACUUACCAUUAUGAUGUAGAUGAAGAUGUCAUUUAUCUGUACAGCAUGAAUUAUAUUUACAUAAAACAUAUAGCCACGCUUGGUGAUAUGUUACGCGCCAAAGGGGGGUCCAUGGAAGAUAACUCUUCCCCACAGAACUCGCAUAACAAGGGGUUGUUGUCCCAGUCCCCCCUGGGUGAUGUAUCUGCAGCGAAAUACGAAUGGGAAGAAGGCAUAUCAGAUAAUUAUUGCAGUCACAUUGGCGACGCACAUGACAAGCUUCCAACUCACACUGAGGAUAUGCUAGGUAGUUGUGCGCAGAUGGAUGAGACUCGUGCGAAUUCUUUCGCCCCCGACAUCGUACGAAGGCAUGCACAGCUCACGGAGGACUUUCAUUUUAAUUUCCACGCAGUUGACACAAUUUACCUACUGUACAACUUCUACACACAUUUACUUUUGAAGAAAAAAAAACAAACAAACAAGGAACUUGUAUUCCUUUUUCUCCCCGACGUACGAGAUAACAUUAAGGACAUCCUGCUCAGCUUCAUUCGCAUACUCAGGAGAGAGAGCAGCCAAAAUAAAGGGUUAACAAAUAAAAAAAUAAUUGCUUCCUUGGAGAGACUGCUAAUAUUGGGAACAGCCUUCGAGAUCCCCUUCUCCUUGAGGCCCUUCGUACUUUAUCACUGCAACGUUUUGCUCUUGAACAAGUUCGACUUAUCUGUUCUGGACAACGUAAAAUUGUUAGCCCUUCUGAGGAGACUCCACCGGGGAAACGCGGCGACGGAAGAAGAAGAAGUGGAAGUGACAAAGGUAUCGCUUCAACGGGGUGACGACAAGUCCUUUGCCCAGCUAGCCAAAAUGGAUAACUCCACCGUGCAGGUGGAAAAAAAAAAAAAAAAAAAAUCUCUCCCUGACCAGCUGCACACACAGAGGGACGAGGCAAAUGUAGGCGAUUCCGCUGGACGCCUGGCGAACAGCCACCUCUUCGUGGAAAACAUGAUAAAGUUAAUUUUUGACAACUUAAAAAAAUGCCUACAUAAUGCAAAGGGGAAUGACCUGUGCAUGUUGAUGCCGGCAGUAUACGAAUACCACAAGUACAUGGAUGAGGAAUUAAAAAAUAUAUUAACCGUUCAGGUGAUUUACAAUAAGGAAAGUAUGAACGCAGCGAACAUGGUGAACAUUUUACGAGUGUUUUGGAAAAUGGAAUAUAAGAAUGAGCUUAUAGACAAGUUUGUAUACAACAACAUGAAGUUUGUAACUAAUGGGAAGGAUAGUAAGUGGAAGGGUAACUCCCCUGUUGCAGAAGGGGACGACACACAAAAUGUGUGCUUUUCGUGUCCCAAGUUAUUUCUCCUGUUUUUUUAUUACAAAGGUAAAAAUGGCUUAUUCACGUACAAGGAUAUUUACUACGUGGAGAAUUACAUUGAGAAUUGCUUUUUUGAGAUGAGCAUCAAGGAUUUUAUUUUCCUUCUGUUGAUUUAUUCCAAAAAUGGAGUAUUUUUUUUGCCCCCAUUGUUGCUUAAAAUUUGUGCCAUUUUUAACAACGGGAAGAAAUACAUAAAUGAAGAUGACCUCCUCUUUGGGUUGUUUUUGCUCGCGAAAAAUUAUCACUCUCUUGCGCGUUCUGCAAAUGAGAGGGGUGCACAGGAUGGCUUCGUGGGUCAGGAACCCCGCAGCAUCAUGGAAAAAAUUAACUUAUUCAGGAAGAGUCAGUACAGCCAACUCCAUAUAGACAAAUUUGUCAACACCAUGAACGAAGUGCUAUUGUACCUGUACGAUGAUAAGCUGAUUAACUGCAAGGCGGACGAAGUGAGACAACUACACGGAGGGGAAACAAAAACUGAUAAUUCGGAAGAUGGAGAGGAACAAACAGAUCGGUUGAUAAAUAACAUGGCUCUACAGAGCGAUCAUUCCUUUCUUCACAUCUCAAAUGAAACGAAAAAUAAUUGGAAAACCAUCUUUAACAAUUUAAAGUAUAACAUGAGAAUGAUGAAAAUUUUUUACCUUUUAUAUUAUCCUGUUUUAAGUGCACCAAAAAAAAAAGAAAACAAAAUUCUGAACACGCAUCACGAAAAGUUCAUCACUUAUCUGUUUUCUCUUUUUAAUCAUAAUUUUAGCAAGAACGAAAAAGACGUAAAGUAUAUCCCCCCCCUUCUACAUUAUUUUAGCUGUUUCGAUGUUUAUUCACCUGUUUAUUUUAAAAUGCAAAUGUCGUACAUAAUGCAAAACUGCGCUCUUGAUUCCUCCCUGUUAAAGUACACACUACUCAGUCACGUUUUUGUUGGAAGAGAAAUGCCCAGAGAAAUAAAAAAUCGUCUGAAAGAAUAUGUUGCAAAGAAUUGUGAGACUUUUCCGCCUUCUCUCCAGGUGCUGUGUCUUAAACAUAGCAAUUAUUUUUUGGAUCUAAGUGGGGACAGGGAAAAAGCAAACCAGGGGGAGGACCAUCUUUUAUUUAACAAAAUGAUGAAUGAUGCACUGUCCAAUUUACCACGUAUGAAGGCCAACAACUACCUCGACAUGUACAUAACUAUGUGCAAAAAUAAAGUUCGCAUAAAGAAGCAUUACAUUGAGCUGUUUAAUCACAUGAAUAGACAUGCAACUCACUAUACCGGUGAGCAACUGAUGCUGAUCCUAUUUUACAUGUACAGGACAGGCUAUAGCAAGCCAAAGAUAAGGAAAAAAAUACGAAAUUUAAUUUUGCAUUAUCACAAGAAGAGGCGAAUUGACUUGGGGGCCUACGUCAAAUAUGUGUUGCCUUUGGAUGAAUUUGGCAUUUUCCAUCUCUUCCCGGUGAAGUUCCAGCAGUGGCUAUACGAUCAGCUGACAGAGGAUGUACGAGCGUGUGUACGGGAACCUCUAACGGGUGAAGCGGUAGAGGAGGUAAUUCGCACAUCCGUGACGAAGGAGAGCGAGGAAUGUGGCGUCGAAUCGAAAAAACCAAAGGAGACGGAUGUAGAGCAGCACGCACCCAUUUAUAUAUUCGAACAGAUGGUGAAGAGUUACUAA